GCCGAGGGUGCUAGUCGGCGAGCCGAGCGACCGCGGCUACCCAGGGAGCGCGGACCCGGACGCAGGUGAACCAUGUGGACCCUGCUAAGCUGCAUGGCCUUUGUGGCAGGGCUGGUGGCUGGCACACACUGCCCUGAUGGUCAGCUCUGCCCCGAGGCCUGCUGCCUGGACCCAGGAGGAGGCAGCUACAGCUGCUGCAGUCCCAUUCCGGAAAAAUGGCCCACAACACUGACCAGGCGUCUGGGCAGACCCUGCCAGAUUGAUGCCCACUGUUCUGCUGGCUACUCCUGCCUCCUCACUGUCUCAGGGACUUCCAGUUGCUGCCCAUUCCCAAAGGCUGUGGCGUGUGCGGAUGGCCACCACUGCUGCCCACGGGGCUUCCACUGUACUGCCGAUGGCCGAUCCUGCUUCCAAGGUUCAGAUAACAACCUGUUGGGUGCUGUCAUGUGCCCUGGUAACCAGUUCGAAUGCCCCAACUCCUCUACGUGUUGCAUUAUGCUAGAUGGCUCCUGGGGAUGCUGCCCUUUGCCCGAGGCUUCUUGCUGUGAAGACAGGGUGCACUGCUGUCCACAUGGUGCCACCUGUGACCUGGCUCAUACCCGCUGCCUCACAUCCACGGGUUCCCAUCCCCUGGCCAAGAAGAUCCCUGCACAAAGAACUAAUAGGGCAGUGGCUUUGCCCACCUCGGUGGUGUGCCCUGAUGGGCGGUCUCUCUGCUCUGAUGGUUCCACCUGCUGCGAGCUGCCCAGUGGGAAGUAUGGAUGCUGCCCAAUGCCCAAUGCCAUCUGCUGUUCCGACCACCUGCACUGCUGCCCCCAGGACACCGUGUGUGACCUGAUCCAGAGUAAGUGCCUCUCCAAGGAGAAUGCUACGGACCUCCUCACCAAGCUGCCUGCACACACAGUGAAGGAUGUGAAGUGUGACUCAGAAGUGAGCUGCCCAGAUGGCUACACUUGCUGCCGCCUCCAGUCGGGAGCCUGGGGCUGCUGCCCUUUUACCCAGGCUGUGUGCUGUGAGGACUACAUACACUGUUGCCCGGCGGGGUACAGGUGUGACACGGAGAAGAGUACCUGUGAACAGGGGACCACCCAGGUGCCCUGGAUGGAGAAGGUCCCAGCCCACCUUAGUUUUCCGGAUGCACAAGCCAUGGAGAAAAAUGUCCCCUGUGAUAACUACACCAGCUGUCCCCCCUCCCACACCUGCUGUCAACUUAUGUCUGGGGAGUGGGGCUGCUGUCCUAUCCCAGAGGCUGUCUGCUGCUCGGACCACCAGCACUGCUGCCCCCAGGGCUACAGGUGCACGGUGGAGGGGCAGUGUCAGAGGGGGAACAAGAUAGUGGCUGGACUAGAAAAGACUCCUGCCCGCGGGGCUUCCCUGUCCUACCCCAGAGACAGUGGCUGUGAUCAGCACACCAGCUGCCCAGUGGGGCAGACCUGCUGCCCGAGCCUGAGAAGGGGCUGGGCCUGCUGCCAGUUGCCCCACGCUGUGUGCUGUGAGGAUCGCCAGCAUUGCUGCCCGGCUGGGUACACCUGCAAUGUGAAGGCCCAGUCCUGUGAGAAGGAAGUGGACUCUGCCCAUCCUGCUGCCCACCUGGCUCAUGGCCCUCACAUGGGUGUGAGGGAUGUGGAGUGUGGGGCAGGGCACUACUGCCACGAUAACCAGACCUGUUGCCAAGACAGCCGAGGAGGCUGGGCCUGCUGUCCCUACCGCCAGGGUGUCUGUUGUGCUGAUCAGCGUCACUGCUGUCCCAGUGGCUUCCGCUGUGGGGCCAAGGGCACCAAGUGUUUCCGCAAGGAGACCCUGCGCUGGGACACCCCUUUGAGGCACCCAGCCCCGAGACAGCUGCUGUGAGGAGAGACUGAGGACUGAAGACACUCCU